AGAUUCUUCUGACAUCGUCGAUUGUAAACUAAAAUUAAUUCUCGGUUUAAUAUGGACGCUCAUUUUACAUUACUCCAUCUCUAUGCCGCAGUGGGAUGGCGAAGAUGAAAGCCAAGUGAAUGGUUCUGGUCCGACACCGAAGCAAAGACUGCUCAAUUGGAUCCACACGAGAAUACCUGAAAUGCCGAUCAACAAUUUCACCAAUGACUGGACCACCGGUAAGGCGGUGGGUGCUUUGGUGGAUGCCUGUGCGCCUGGCCUUUGUCCCGACUGGGAACUGUGGGAUCCCAAAGAUGCUGUCCAAAAUGCAUCCGAAGCUAUGGGCCUCGCCGAUGACUGGUUGAAUGUACGUCAACUUAUCAAACCUGAGGAAUUGGUUAAUCCCAAUGUCGAUGAGCAAUCGAUGAUGACCUACUUGUCACAGUAUCCAAAUUCCAAAUUGAAGCAAGGUGCACCACUACGUCCCAAGACCAAUCCAAAUAGAGUACGUGCUUAUGGCCCGGGUAUUGAACCAAUUGGUCCUGUUGUAGGUGCACCAGCCAACUUUACAGUAGAGACAUUCUCCGCAGGCAAAGGUGCUGUUGAUGUGGACAUCAUUUCGCCCUCAGGGCAAAUCGAGAAGGCCGAUGUACGCUUCAACAACGACAAAAACUUGACAUACUCCAUUUCGUAUAUUCCCAAAGCUGAGGGCGAGCACAAAGUGGUUGUGAAGUUCUCCGGUCGUGACAUACCGAAGAGUCCGUUCCCUGUUAAGGUGGAGGGACAUGCCGGUGACGCAUCUAAGGUCAAAGUCACUGGUCCCGGUAUACAGCCGUCUGGUGUUACACUCACCAAACCCACUUUCUUCGACAUUAACGCAAAGGAGGCUGGUCGCGGCGUACCCGAAGUGAUCAUUAUUGAUCCCGCCAAUCAUAAGACAUCUGUAGCGGCCAAAGUACGUCAAUUGGAGAACGAUGUUUGGCGUUGUGAAUAUGUUGCUUCGACACAAGGUCUGCAUUCGGUGAAUGUCUUCUAUGCCGGCAAUCCCAUACCGAAUAGCCCCUUCCCGGUAAAGGUAGCACCUCUGUCGGAUGCACGUAAGGUACGUGCUUCAGGUCGCGGUCUGCAAGCGAAUGGCGUUCGUGUGGGUGAUGAUGCCGACUUCAAGAUCUACACGGAAGGUGCAGGCGAAGGCGUACCUGAAGUUCGUGUAAUUGGCCCAGGCGGCACUACGCAAAAUGUUGCUUUGACCAAAAUCGAUGGCACCACCUACGAGUGUCAUUAUUAUCCAACUAAGGAGGGUCGGUAUGUUGCUAUGGUCACUUUUGGCGGUCAAGAGGUGCCCAAGUCACCGUUCGAGAUUAAAGUUGGCCCUAAGAAGGAGUCUUCAAUUGUCGCUUACGGCCCCGGUUUAAGUGGCGGUAUUAUUGGCUAUCCUGCUGCUUUUGUCGUGGAAACCAAUGGUGAGACUGGCGCACUCGGCUUUACUGUUGCAGGUCCAUCGCAAGCAGAGAUCGAGUGCCAUGAUAACGGUGAUGGUUCUGCAUUGGUCAAAUACCAUCCGACCGCUGUAGGGGAAUAUGCAGUGCAUAUUUUGUGUGAUAAUGAAGACAUACCCAAGUCACCAUUCAUAGCGCAAAUAUUGCCGCGCACAGACUUCCACCCUGAGCUGGUGAAGACAUAUGGUCCUGGAUUGGAGAAAAAUGGCGUGACAAUUGGAAAACCGCAGAGCUUUACAGUAGACACUAGCAAGGCAGGAUCAGCACCUUUGGAAGUUCUUGUCGAGGAUGUGUAUGGAAAGAAACUACCAGUAGAUAUCAAAAAUAACGCCGAUGGUACAAAGACUUGUACAUAUACGCCAACUACAGGCGUACCCCAUACGGUGGAAGUCAACUACGGUAGUGUGGCCACUCCCAAUGCACCGUAUCGUAUCUACGUAGGCGUACCAAUCGAUGCCAACAAAGUUCAAGCAUUUGGUCCCUGGCUGCAGCCUGGAGUACGUCCCAAUGCAGCCACACAUUUCAAUGUGGACGCACGAGAUGCUGGUGACGCAGAGCUGAAGGUGAAGAUCGUACACGAGGAGACUAAAGUGGAAGUGCCAUGUCGUAUCAUCGACAACGAGGACAACACAUACACAGUGGAGGUUAUUCCACCUACCAAAGGCGCCUACACAACCACCAUGACUUAUGGCGGACAGCCAGUGCCACUCGGGCAGAAAGUGCUGGUGGAACAGUCGUUGGAUGUAUCCAAAAUCAAAGUCGACGGGCUCGAACCAAGCGUCAUCAUGAAUGCCCCCACGGACUUUAUGGUCGAUAUGAGCAAAGUUGGCAGCAACAUCGACUCGACAAAACUCUCUUGUGCCAUCUUUGACCCCAAGGGUAAAGUGCUGCCUAGCAAGAUCGUUUCCGGACCUUCUGAUGAUAUCUUCCGCAUUGCCUACACUCCCUUCGAGGCCGGUCGUCACACCAUUGAGUUGCUUUACGACAACAUUCCCGUACCCGGUUCGCCGUUUGUGGUGCAUGUAAAGAGUGGUUGUGAUCCCUCGCGUUGCAAAGCUUACGGCCCUGGACUGGAGAAGGGUCUGACCAAUCAGCAAAAUAAAUUCACUGUAGAGACACGCGGUGCCGGCAAUGGCGGACUCUCACUGGCCAUUGAAGGACCAUCCGAAGCAAAAAUGACCUGCACAGAUAAUCGUGAUGGUAGUUGCGAUGUCGAGUAUUUAGCCACAGACCCCGGCGAGUACGAUAUAACAAUACGAUUUGCAGACAAGCACAUACCUGGCUCACCAUUCCGCGUGCUGGUCGAAGAGACAGUAGAUCCGCGCAAGGUGAAAGUAUACGGACCCGGCAUUGAGCAUGGUGAAGUGCGCGAAAGUGUACCAACGUAUUUCAAUGUAGACGUCGCCGAAGCUGGGCCCGGCCGCAUAGCGGUUAAGUUGACCAACUCAGAAGGUGUGCCAGUGGAUAAUCUGCACGUUGAGGAUAAGGGUAAUGGCAUAUAUGCUGUGCACUAUGUACCACCAAAGCAGGGCUCGGUGCUAACGUGCCAAGUUAUGUUUGCCGACGAAGAAGUGCCAUGCAGCCCAUUCGUGAUGACCGUAUUCCCCAAAUCAGAGGCGACCAAAGUGAAAGUUAAGGGCGUCAAUGAGAAAAAGAAAACACCCGCCUCACUACCAGCCGAAUUCGAGAUCGACACAAAAACAGCCGGUCAAGAUGACAUCAAUAUUGCGAUCAAGAACCCGAAGGGUAAAAAGUUGGCGCCACGCUUGGAAGAGGUCGGUAGCGGCACAUAUGUGGUUUCAUUCGUUCCCGAUGAAUGUGGCACCUAUCAUGUCAGCAUUAAGUAUGGCGAUAAGGAUAUUGAGGGAUCGCCAUUCAAACUCGAAGCAUUCCCCACGGGUGAGGCGAAAAAAUGUAAGCUAGUCGAGAAGGCGCCGAAAAUACAAGCAUCUGGCAGCAAAAGCCACUUGACUGUGGACGCGCGUGACGCAGGCGACGGCGCGGUGACGUGCAAGAUUACAGAUCACAAGUCCGGACGCGAAAUCGUUGAUAUUGAUAUCUUGGAGAAGGAUGGCUUCUUCGAUAUUUACUAUGCGCUCAAGGAUCCAGGCGAUUAUGAUAUCAAUGUGAAAUUCGGCGGAAAGGACAUACCCAACGGCAGCUUCGCCAUAAAGGCUGUUGAAAGCAUCGAAGAAUAUAGCCAAAGCGAAUAUAUCGAAGAGCACACUAAGGUUGUAACAAAGACAACUGAGUCAAUUGCCAGCGAAAGAAGUUAUAGAGCAGUCGCCUUUGAGAAACUACCAUUACCAACUACCGGCGGAAACGUUGUUGCUGAGGUCAAAAUGCCAAGCGGAAAGGUUGAUAAACCUGUCAUUCAGGACAAUCGCGAUGGUACAGUGUCAAUCAAAUAUGAACCCAAGGAAGAAGGCACACACGAGCUGGCAGUAAAAUAUAAUGGCGAGCCCGUUCAAGGUUCACCUUUUAAAUUCCACGUCGAUUCCAUCACAUCUGGUUAUGUAACUGCCUACGGACCCGGUCUGACCCACGGCGUCACUGGUGAACCAUGCAAUUUUACAAUUUCAACUAAGGGCGCUAGUGCUGGUGGUCUCACUAUGGCUGUGGAAGGUCCCAGCAAGGCCGAUAUCAACUACCAUGACAACAAAGAUGGCACAGUGUCGGUGCAGUACCUGCCAACUGCCCCGGGUGAAUAUCAAGUUUCGGUGCGCUUCGGUGACAAGCAUAUAAAAGGUUCACCAUAUUUCGCCAAAAUUACCGGUGAGGGUCGCAAGCGUAAUCAAAUUUCGGUUGGUUCCUGUUCGGAAGUCACCAUGCCCGGGGAAAUUACGGACGAUGAUCUGCGCGCCUUGAAUGCGUCUAUUCAAGCGCCUAGUGGCUUGGAAGAGCCCUGCUUCCUCAAGCGUAUGCCAACUGGCAAUAUUGGCAUCUCAUUUACCCCACGUGAAAUCGGCGUGCAUAUGGUAUCGGUGAAACGUAUGGGUACGCACAUUGCAAACUCGCCAUUCAAAGUGGACGUUUGCGAGCGUGAGGUAGGCGAUGCAAAGAAAGUUAAGGUCUCCGGCACUGGCUUAACAGAGGGAAUAACGCACACCGACAACAUUUUCUCUGUGGAUACACGUAAUGCUGGCUACGGUGGUCUAUCCGUAUCGAUUGAGGGUCCCAGCAAAGCGGAGAUCCAAUGCACCGACAAAGAUGAUGGUACACUCAACAUUUCAUACAAGCCUACGGAGCCAGGCUAUUACAUUGUAAAUCUGAAAUUCGCCGAUCACCACGUUGAGGGCUCACCAUUCACCGUAAAAGUCACUGGUGAGGGUAGCAAUCGCAAGCGCGAAAAAAUUCAGCGCGAACGCGAUGCAGUUCCAGUAACUGAGAUCGGCAGCAAGUGCAAAUUGACUUUUAAGAUGCCGGGCAUCACAUCGUUUGACCUAAUGGCCUGUGUAACAUCGCCCAGCAAUGUGACUGAGGAUGCGGAAAUACAGGAAGUCGAAGAUGGACUCUACUCGGUGCAUUUCGUGCCGAAAGAAUUGGGCGUGCACACCGUUUCGGUACGCUACAAGGACAUCCACAUCCCCGGCUCACCCUUCCAGUUCACAGUGGGUCCUCUGCGCGACUUUGGAAGCCAUUUAGUGAAAGCCGGUGGUUCAGGCUUGGAACGUGGUAUUGUCGGCGAGCCGGCUGAAUUUAAUGUAUGGACACGUGAGGCUGGUGGCGGAUCGCUGGCUAUCUCGGUGGAAGGUCCCAGCAAAGCUGAAAUAGACUUCAAAGAUCGCAAGGACGGCUCAUGUGAUGUUUCAUACAAGGUCACCGAACCCGGAGAGUAUCGAGUUGGUUUGAAAUUCAACGAUCGUCACAUACCUGACUCGCCAUUCAAGGUUUACAUAUCUCCCGAUGCUGGAGAUGCACACAAACUGGAAGUGCAGCAGUUCCCUCAAGGCAACAUCCAAGCCGAUGCACCCUAUCAAUUCAUGGUGCGUAAGAAUGGCGCCAAAGGCACACUCGAUGCUAAAAUCGUUGCACCAUCCGGCACUGACGAUGAUUGCUUUAUCCAGAGUAUCGACAGUGAAAUGUAUUCGGUUCGCUUCUAUCCACGCGAGAACGGCAUUCAUGCCAUCCACGUAAAAUUCAACGGCGUACACAUACCCGGAUCACCAUUCAGAAUCAAGGUCGGCAAGGAUGUAGCCGAUCCAGCUGCUGUACACGCCACCGGCGCCGGUUUGGACGAAGUUAAGACUGGCCAUAAAGCUGACUUUAUAAUAAACACUUGUAAUGCGGGCGUCGGCACGCUCUCCGUCUCCAUUGAUGGUCCCUCAAAAGUUGCCAUGGACUGCACGGAAGUGGAAGAGGGCUACAAGGUUCGCUACACACCAUUGCUCCCCGGUGAGCACUACAUAUCGGUGAAAUACAACAAUAUGCACAUUGUUGGCUCGCCAUUCAAAGUAAACUGCGUUGGCGAUAAAUUGGCCGAUGAGGGUGCUCAAGAGACUUCCUCAGUGAUCGUUGAAACGGUGCAAAAGCUAGCUAAAGGCGGCAAGAACACAGGCGUCCAUAUGCCCACAUUUAAGUCGGACGCCUCCAAAAUCACAUCAAAAGGCAUGGGCUUAAAGAAGGCGUAUAUGGGAAAACAGAACAAUUUCACCGUGAAUGCCACAGAUGCUGGCAACAAUAUGCUCUUCGUGGGCAUGUAUGGGCCGAAAGGUCCUUGCGAGGAAUUCAAUGUUAAACAUACCGGUCGCAAUAACUUCAACGUGAACUAUAUGGUGCGCGAUCGUGGACAAUAUAUACUAAUAGUCAAAUGGGGCGAAGAACAUAUUCCCGGCUCCCCAUUUCAAAUUGAUGUUUAGGCUAAAAGCUCAUUUAUAUGUAAAGUGCCUUGCGAACGGUGCAAUAAUUUUCAAAUAUGCAGAAUGCAGAUGUAUGAACAAAGAAACAGCAAAAUGCCUUGCAGUGUUAGCGCGAAUAUAGUACUAAUAUCUAAAGAAAUAUUCUUAUAUACAUACAUAAAUACAUACACAUAUAUCUAGUAAGUCAUCACUGGCAAAGAGGAUUGGAUUUAACGAAGUUUGUAUCUAAAAUUCAAAUUUCCCUAUCUACAUAUAUUUUUUGUACUUUCAUCGCGUUUUUUAUCGGAGUUACUUUUAUUAACGCAUAUGUAUUUGUUAAGUUAACUGAAUGUGUGAAAAUAAAUGUAAAUAAAAUUUGGUCAAAUCAAAAUUUAUAUGAAAUAUCCUAUAAAACGAUUGCCAAUUUUGGAUAACAAACACAUUUGUUGUACCCAAAAAUACUUACUGUUUCAAGUGUAUCCCUGCUGUUUUGUGGAAUAAAACGUAAUAUUUAUACAUUUACGUUUCGUAUGUCCAAUUUAAUUGUUCAUUUAUAACGAAAAUAAUUGUUUUUAAGAUUAAUUUACAUACAUACAUAAAUGUUCGAGCUGAAGAAAUACUUUUUAUUAUUCACUUUAUAUUAUUUAUCAUGUACGUGUUGUUUUUUUUAUUUUAUUCUCAACAAUCGAUUUAAAUUAAAGGAAAAUUAGACAUUCAAACUA